UGUGUCUGUGCCGUCGCCGAGGCAACAGUGCGCUGAGCUGUGCUGUACUGUGCUGUGUUGUGCUGUGCCGAGCGGCCGCGAGUGCGUGUUCAGUGUUGUGCUUACACGGAAAUGUUGCGCUUGUGAACAAACCCAGGAUAUUAUAAUGGCUUUAAAAAAGGAUUUCGAUUUACCAACGAACAUUUUCAAAAGCGUUAAGCUGCCUAAACCCGUGAAAUUGCAACAGGCGAUCGAGAAAUUAUUUAAAAAGAAUAGCUACACGAAAAUAGUGCAAAGUUAAAAUAUUUUAGACUGUUUUAGAUAAAUGGCCGGUGAAUCUAGUGUAAAUAUAAAUAGAAGUAGACACAACACUGAGAUAGAGCCGCCGGAUAGAUCGCCUAUAUUUUUGAAAGACGAAACUCAUUUUAUUGGUAAAGGGAACAGGAGAAGUUCUACAACGAAACAUAGGAGAAGUAGGAGUGUGAGUGCAAAUCGGAUAUCACCGUCGGCGCUGAGCUUAUCUGACGAGCACUUUUAUGAGGAUCUAGAGGAUUACGUGCGAGAGAUGUCUUCGAAAAGGGAGUCUGUUGAGGGCGUUGAGGGCGACGUAUGGCGUCAGCUGCAGCAGAAGGAGGCGGAUCUGCUGCUGGCCGCAGAGCUGGGCAAGGCAUUGCUGGACAAGAACGAAGAGCUCAAGAAGGAUCAGGAGCGCAUCGCUGAGGAAUACUCCAAAAAACUUGAGGAGUUGGAGCAGGAGAAGCACCUGCUGCGGCGGCGGCUGGACACGGCGCAGGGCGAAUACGAGGCGCGUUUGCUGGAGUUGCAGAAUGACAUCCAACACCUCACUAACAAGAUCGAUUCUAAAGACACAAGUCUCAAACAGCGCGAUGAAGAGAAGGCGGGUCUGAUAGCUGACCUGACGGCGCAGAACUCCCGGCUGACGACGCAGCUGCAGGCCAGCGCGGCCACCGAGGCGCAACUGCUGGCACAACUCGACGACCUGAAAGACCAGUGCUCCAUGCGGAAGACCAGUCUGCAGGAACAUAUGCAAAGCCUGAAAUCACUGAAAGCGGAGUUAGCACUGGUGAGUGACAAGAAGAGCGAGUUGGAGCGGCGGCUGGCGGGCGCGAUGCGAGACAAGGACGGCCUUAUGCAGCAGUUAGAUGAGGCAGCCGAUAGGAUCGCCGCACUCGAACGACAACUCAAGGAACAGGAGCACCUGUACCAAAACACAUUGAAGGAAUUGGAGCGUCUUCAACGUUCUCACGACACAUUAGCGGAGCGCGUUGGUGCGCCGGAAGCCGAGCACACGGACAGCGCGCGGUCCCUGCACGCGGAGCUGGAACCAGAUGACCAGGAUGAGGGUGAAGGCGACGGUUGGCUACGCUCAGAGGCAGUACAAGUCUUCAAACAGCUGCGUUCACUCGCGCUGCAGCUCAACACAGGGCAUGAUGAUGACUCUGGUCUUCAUUCGGAUCUAUCACUGACAUCACUGGAUGGAGAGGAGGGUGAGACCCUGCGGCGAGGGGCCCUGGCGGCCGCGUGCGCAGACGCAGUGGCAGCCUACGCUACGCUGGAGGGCUCUCGAGUUAGGGAUUCCAUCGCAGCGCACGCACGCAGGGCCCUAGAGCGGGAGCGACAGAUAGACGAAAAGAAUGACAUCAUUGCUGAUCUUUCCUCCAAGUUAUCUGUGGCGGAGGUGGAGUUGCGUGCGGCGGCGGAGGAACGCGAUAAGUUGUUGAACGACGCGAACUACUCCAGUCUGCAGAAUGACGAGGCGGUGGCGCGCGCACGACAGGAGCGAGACGACGCUAUAGAAAGGAAGAAGACAGCUGAGGUGGCGCUGGCGAAGACUCGCGUGGAGCUGAUGCAGGCCAACAGCCAGCUGUACGAGGCUGUGCGCCAGAAGGUUGACCUUGGACAGCAGCUUGAACAGUGGCAGAUGGACAUGCAGGAGCUGAUCGACGAGCAGAUGAAGCACAAGCUGACGACGCAGGAGAAGCGGCGCAAGCUGCCGGAGCCGCCGGCGCCAAAGCGCGCCUCCAGGAUACUCGGAUUUUUUCAGCGGUGAUCUGCUGCGGCCCCCUCCUCGCCCCACUCCUCGCCCCAUUCCACGUCCCACUCCUCGCCAUACACCGCACCAACGUAUACAUGAUACAUUUCGUUAAGAAGUACGACCUCGUGGAACACCCAGCGGCAACAACACUGUAUGCUGUGGCCAUGUGUGGCGCUGCCGCCAUGCUGUGCGCCGUGCUGUGCGCCGUGCUGUGCGCCGUGCUGUGCGCCGUGCUGUGCGCCGUGCUGUGCGCCGUGCUGUGCGCCGUGCUGUGCGGACUCAUCAUGUUCUUCAUGUACACAUUAGCAGUGAUACUUAGUGUCUUAAUUAGAACAUUUAUAGUGAUAUUGAAUGUUUUUAACAUUUCACUACAGUUGCUGUAGAACAUUAAAAUUUUACGCACGUUAAUAAAAAUACAAACGGAAUUGUAGCAAAAUGAAUUAUUUACUAAAAUAGCAACGGAUUUAUAGACGUGAAUGAAGCAAGAUUAGUUUAGGGAAUAUACAAAAUGGUAACGUAGCUAAUAGUACCUGUACUAUCUUUGAUAAUGUGUUUACGAUUCGUUCGCAGUAACGCAUCCAUUACUCUGUUGUUCCAAACUUCUUUAGCACCUUCGUACCCGAGCCGCAAUGUACAUAACAAAACUUAUAUCACUCAUUCGAAAGUAUUUCGUCUCACAUUAAAAUAUUUGGUGCACUAAAAAUAGAUUUAAGUUAAUGUUCCGUGAAAAAUAACAUUUAAAAUAGCCAUAAUUUACAGUCGUAGUUCGAAAGUUAAAUGAUUUACACUAAUAAUUGAAAUAUGUACUAAAAACUUAUAUCUUUUUAAAUUACAGAAAAUUGUAAUGUUAUUUAGCUAACUCGUGUAUUGUGCCUUAAAAUAUCUUAUACAGAUUAAAAAUAAAAUAUUUUUACAUAUGCGCGGAGUUUCGCGACCGGCCUUUAAACGUGCCUUGCAGAUGUUUACAUCAAAUUGUAACCUUUAUUUACUAUAUUAUUUAAUACAAACCUGUACUUAAUAACUUACUAAGUUGCUCAACUUAUUUAUGUAUCAAUUCAAUCUGGCUGAAUAAUAAAAUUUCUACC